AUGCACACAAUGCACAUUUUCAAUUCCCCAUAUGGCGGUGCUUAUGGCGGCGAAAAUGAUGGCGUGGUAGGGCGGGUCGACCACCGCCAGAACACCGUUGACCGUCUUCCUGCAGCACAGGCCCGAGCUUAUGGUGUGACCGCGUUUGGGGUCAAACAUCCGGAGCUCCCACCCAAGACUCUUGACGCUCUUAGGAGAGCGUGCAUCGAAAAUGAGGAGAACGUGGAUAGUAUUUCAGAAGUGAUCCGCUCGGAGCUGGACAUAGCAGGUCGCGAGGGGGCACUCAAGCUUCUGGCCGAGCUUAAAUUCCCGCCCAUCGACUGCAAGCGCGUGCUUGACAGCCUGUUGUCGACAACACCAUCCAAUCACUCCAACAAGACCAAUAAGUCGAAGUCGCGCAUUAGUGAUGCAACGGAGUCUUCGGCCGUGAAGGUGCCGGCCUGCGUUCCUGAGGCCUUCGCCGACGUCUUCAAGCCCAUGAACUCACAGAGUGAUGCCAGCAAGUUCAAUGUCCUCGCGGCAACCGAGGUUAUCAAGGCGGGCAUUCUUUGGACCGACAUCAGCGAGGGCCUGGCACCCCGGAACGACACCCCUGCUACGACACCGAUUCAUAUCAAGACCAUCAUAACGCACUGGAUGACUGUACUGUGCCAUAUCAAGACCAUUGGCAAGGGCAACCUCCUAUCCCUAAAGAGGAACAGCACGGCACGGAAGGAGGUCGAAGCAGCUCUCCUUAAAAGCAUGAAAACGUGCAUGCAGAAUUACCAAGGCGGGCUCAAGCCAAAGGGCUACGAGGGCAUGUUCAACACGGUGUGGACGGAGGUGAAACAGGUGAAGGAGCAGGGCACCUGGGAGGAGCCGACAGAUGACAUGCGGCAGAAGGCCAACAAGGAAGCCAGGGAGAAGGCCUUGGCAAUCUUUGGGCGCAUCAAGCAGAAGGCGGGUUUCGUGGACAAGAAGAAGGAUGACACAGAUCAGGGCGGCAAUGCAGCUGCCGCCGAAACACCAGCUGGUGCCGAAGAGGUAGCCCCUGUCCAAGUUCCACGACAGCAAGAGCAGCAGAACCCCGCCAACCCGCCGACCAGUGAUGAGGGUGACGGGACAGCUGCAGAGAUGGGUGAGAACCCCACUACGGAGGAGGGAGAGGAGGUGGAACGAAAGAAGCCCCGUGGCAGGAAGCCGGCAGGAAGCCGACAAUCAGCUGGCUGUAGGAAGCGAAAGGAACCACCCCCAACUGAGGCUGGUGCAGAGCAGGCAAAGACCAGCCGCCGCCGUCGAGGGUCAGCUGAUCCACGGAUAGGCAGUGAGUGAAGUCUGGACUCUAGAGUCCCCGUGGUGGGAGACCUCGGAUUAAUCAAAUAUCGGAGAAAUAUUUGAUUAUCCGAUAUUUGAUUAUCGGAGUCAGGAACUCGUUUAGUGAGACAUGUGUAUGGAGCCGUACAUCAGAUCAUACGGAACUGAAUCUGGGGGCUGGGUCUGAUUUCCUUUCUCUUGAUAUGAUGACGUUGGUGUAAUUAGCGAGUUUAUACACACCCCGAGCCUGGGGCCAUGGGUGGGCUCUACAGCCCUGCAAGGCUUGUGUUGGUGAGGCAAUCUUUACAAUUGUACACUCGAAGUGUUUGGUGAACAUGUAUGUUUGUAUGUGUAGACAUGUGAGCUUGAUACAGGCAUAUGCAUGGAUGGAAGUGUAUAGAGAGGCAUGCAAAUAUUUUUUUACAUAGGCGAAAUAGGCAUACGUGCUCACAUAGAUGGAUGAGACAGCUGUGAUAGCAUGUGUAGGCAGGUUGGACAGGGACAUGCUUACAAUCCAUUGACACCAGCACAUGGCCCGGCAUACGGACAAGGAACACUUGUAAACACGGGUUACCCUG